GUAAGUUAGAGGAGGUGUACAGUGCGCUGGUGGAGGCCAAUCCCAACAUGGUGGUGUAUAGGAGGGAGCAGAUCCCCGAGCGUCUCCACUACCGUCACAACAACAGGAUCAUGCCCAUAAUUAUCGAGGCCAAGGAGGGCUGGACCAUCACCCAGAACAGAACCACUGGACCACACAUGUUGGGUAACCACGGCUACGACAACACCCUACCCAGCAUGCAUCCUGUCUUGGUGGCGCGUGGCCCCGCCUUCCGUCAGGACUACGUGAAGAGUUCCAUGCGUUCCGUUGACCUCUACCCCCUCAUGUGUCACAUCCUGUCUGUUCGGCCCCGCCCCAACAAUGGUUCUCUAGCCCGGGUUAUGGAUCUCCUCUCCGAGCCCUCCCCCCCCACACACUCCACCCCCCUGGACGGCAGAUACCAGCCUUCCUUCGCCACCGCCCUGGGCGUGGUCCUGGGGGUUGUCAUGGUGACAGGGUUCCUGGUGGUUAUCGUCAAACAGAUGACGAUCCGACAACUACCCAGCAGGCAGAGAGAGAUGGCCCAGCCGCUAUUACUUGGAGAACUACAGCUUUAGAGGAGAGAGGAGAGGCAGAGGAGAGGGAGUUAGGAGAGAGAGGAGAGGCAGAGGAGAGAGAGAGGAGGAGAGGAGAGAGAGGAGAGGCAGAG